GGACAGGGGGCGCCCUUAAGGAAGCCACCGUGGCCUUCCCUUUGCAAGACCUGAGCGGGGCUGCGCUGACCUCCGGGAGAACACGGGUGCAGAUGGUCGUCGGGAACCUGGAAGCAUAAUCCAGGCAGGGGACAGUCCGGCUUCCUUUGAAUUCAGCGGCGGAGUUAAUCGUUUACUUCCGAGCAAACGCGGGGAAGCCCGGAAGCGCCAAAGGCACCAGAAGCGAAAGUUGUCGGGAGUCUUGGCUCCGUUCCCGGGUGGACGAAGAGCCCCGGGGAGAGCGGGAGCCAUGGCCGGGGGGGAGCCGCGGGGGCUCCGGGAGGCGCUGGAAGCUCGCCUGCAGGCCUUGGGCAUCGAGGGGCUCACCGUGGAGCACCCCGAAGUGUUCACAGUUGAAGAAAUGAUGCCCUAUGUGCAGCAUUUGAAAGGAGCUCAUAGCAAAAACCUUUUCCUUAAAGAUAAGAAGAAGAAAGGUUACUGGCUGGUGACGGUUCUACAUGACCGGCAGAUCAAUUUAAAUGACUUGGCGAGGAAAUUGGGUGUCGGCAGUGGGAACUUGCGCUUUGCCGAUGAAGGGGCCAUGUUGGAGAAGCUGAAAGUUGGCCAAGGAUGCGCGACCCCCUUAGCUCUUUUCUGCAACCAGGGAGAUGUGAAGUUUGUGUUAGAUGCAAGCUUUCUGGAAGGAGACCACGAGAGACUGUAUUUUCACCCAAUGACAAAUGCGGCAACCAUGGGAUUACGUCCAGAUGACUUCCUAAACUUCCUGAAGUCUACGGGACAUGAGCCUAUAAUUGUACAUUUUGACAAAAGUGACAAGUAGUUUUACAGCACUGUUUCUGUAACUUGAGGCUCAGUGGUCAAGAAAAAGAUGCCAAUUAUUAAAGAGAAUUGUUUGAGAAUUACAA